AGAUGUAAAAUAAAUAAAGCUGCAACGGUAACAAGAGAAAGCCACGUGCAGAGGAGCCGCUAAUCUGGCGAUGUAACGUUCAAUCCAACGGUUACAUUCUUUCUUCUCCUUCCCCUUUUUCUCUCCAACCAACAAACACAACACAGUCUCGUGUAUUCUCUCUCUCUCAAAUGGAGCCUGCUCAGAUCGACUGGAAGCGAAUCGAUUCACGUUUUGUGGAAGACAUCUUCUACGAACACCUCCGAGCUCCCAAAUGGUUCGACUUCUUGUCCCCUAACAACCAUUUACAAGACUCCUCCAUCGAAGACGACGACGCUUGGUUCUGCAAACCUGACUGUAAUCAUCCCAAGAGACCUGAGGACUUCCUCCUAACCCCUAACUCCUCCAAGACUCCAGGAGGAGUAACAGAGCAGAAUCAGAGGAUAAGAGGACAUGUUUUAUCAGAAGACAGUGAAAAUCAUAAUCCAAACUUAGCCACGCCUCCUCCUCCUCCUCCAAGCCAACAACAAGCAAAUAAAUCAUGGAGAGCAGCACUUAAAUCAACUUCAGUCAAGAAGAUGAAUAAAGAGACACCUAAACUAAAGAGCACACAAUCAGCUAGGAAUCUGUUUUCAGGGAGGGACAUACUAGGACAUAUCUCAGAGUUCUGCUAUGAGUUGAAGAGACUGGCCACAAGGGGGGUUACUGAGAGAGAAGAUACUACUACUGUGAAGGAGACUCAUCAUCAAGUUCAUGACUUGGAUUUGAAAAAGGAAAGAAAGCCAUUGCUGGAAGUAAGCAAAGACAAAGAUAAGGUCCUUGAAUCGACCGAUGCUAAAGGAAUCACCUUUAAUAAAGAGAUCCGUAGAAGAAAGAAGAGAGUGGAUGAUGCAGAGAAUAUUCCCCUCUCUCUUAAUGUAGUAAAGUUGAAAGAAGAGCAGUGUAGAAGAAAGAAGCCAGUGGUUGAUGCAGAGAACAUCCCUCCUCCUACACCUCUAAAACUGGGGAAUAUAAAGAACAAAGGACACGAGCGGUUACUGCAGCAGAUCAGAACAAACCCACCAUCUCCUCAAUGCUUCUCAGAGAACCGGACAGCUUCUUUGAAUGCCUUGAUGACCAUCAAACCUACUGUGGAAAAUGAGAAAGAAACAGCAGAAGAAGAGAAGAGCAGAGACAGCAUGAACAAGGAAGGAGGAGGGAGGGUCUUGGAAGUUCUCUGGUUCUUAAAGCCUUGCUCCAUGGCCAACUAAAAAAACAAUAAUUUCUAUAAUGAUUUGGUUCAUUCUUUUGUUUAAUUUUUCAUUAUAUAUUCAACUGUAACUAUAACAAGAUAAUGAUGAUCUUUCUCAGAUUCAACAUGUAAUAACUCUGAGAAAAUAAAUCUCACUUUACAUACAAUAAAUAAAACUUGUUUAGACAAA